AUGGGGUACGUUACGUUACCGAGAAUGCCUUCCAUAGAGAGUGGGAGUCAGUCCGUAGCUCCACAUUUUGAAUUAGAGAAAAGGAGGUCAAACGCGCAGAACUCGCAGAACCCGCUCGUUGAUACGCAACACCGUGGCAUGCAACAGGUCAACGCGCCAGGUGCUGGAGUAACACAAUAUGCCUGGGAUGUUGGCAUGCAGCAAUUUGACACGCCGGUUGCUGAUGCGACACAAUAUUCCACAAGCCAGUGA